CGCCGCUUCGAUUUAGCGGCAUGAUUUUCAUACCGCCUAAAACCGUAGCGUUGUGCAUCUCCCUCCUCAUCUCUGGUUGCAGUUACCACAGUUUACAUCAUGGCGACUUCACGACUAUCAAAACAAAUCAAUUAAGUACAUAAUGUCAAAUAAGGGUGCAAUUAAAAAGACUCUUGAGUCCAAAGAUGGAUCAAGAUCACAUACACAAAGCAAGAUGAAAGUACGUACAUCGACUGAUAUUAGUUCUGAGUCUCAAGUUAAGUCAGACGUUAAUGAAAAGAAGGUUCAACAAUCUGUGAACCGAAGAGGAGCUGGGGAUGUAAAAUCAAAACCUUCGCAAAAUGUUUCCAACAAACUCCUAUCCAGCAGGAGCAAAUCUAAAGACAGUGUGCCACAGAAACAAACUACACAACAAAAUGUUUUAUCCUCAACAACAAAAACUAGUGUUAGCUCUCCUCGGAUACAGUCUCAGCUGACCAACAGAAACACAACUACAAGAGUUAAGUCUGAAGUAUCAUUAAAGACUAAUAGUAGCAGACCUAUUGAAAAAAAUAAAUCCAGAGAGAAAAGUAAUACUGGCUAUAUGGAGAAACGAGGUUUGAGUACAGUUUACAUGCCUAAAUCAAGUGCCAGUAAAUUAGCAUCGAAGAUUACUGGACAGGUGUCUACUCCUAAAAGUAUACAAUCCUCAAGACAUAGAGAGAAUGUGGCUAAUCAGGAGAAAAUAACAAAAUCUAGACCAAGACAACCAUCUAAAGAACGUAGAAAAUCCAGAACUUUAAGUCCAAGUGAAGUUAAAGUGUUACAUACAGUUGUGAAUGUUACAAGUGGAUUAAAAGAUACAAUUUCUCAGCAACAUUCAUCAAACAACUUUAAAAAUAUACCUAAUGAUGCAGAGGAUGAAUAUGAUUACGAGGAUGAUUUUGAGGAUUAUGAGUCAGAUUUUCAAGAAUGUACUGACAGCGAAGAAUCUCAAAUCAGUGAAGAAUCUGAAGACAGUACCAGUAGUGUUACGAUGGAACCAGUAGAGUUGCGAACAGAAACUCAAGUACAACGAAAAACGAUACCUAGUGCUGAAAAUCGCAAAAUAGAAGAGGAGCAUAUGUUAGAUUCCGGGCACUAUGAAUUGGCGGAAGCUCGAAAAAGAGCAGCUCGUAUAGAAUCAAUGUCCGCGAACCAACCAAAAACACCGCCUUUACCGGAAGUGCGACAACCAGUUGCCAGAGGGUAUAGGGAAGAAAAGAAUUCAGAAACUAAAUCACUGCCCUUGUCGACUGACGAAGGUUUCGAAGAUGGCCGUUCUGGCGAUUUUACAAAAUCCCCACCGAUUUCGCAAAUGUGUUAUAUCGAUUUUAAAAAAUGCAAAGAUGAUAAAAUUGAAAAGGAGAGAUCCAAAAUCCUAAGUCGCGGUCGUGAAUUACUGGGAAUGAUUAAACUGGAUAUUAUCGAAUGGUCCCUCCUGGAAUCAUCACCAGUCACGUAUGAAGAAUUUAUCUGUAAUUACGGGAAACUAAAUACUCAACAGAUGUCUGUCCAAACUAACGAAGAUAAUCUUAAUAUGGAAACACAAACGGACGAUAUCACAUGCAGUAAUAAAUGGACACAAUUUCCAGUAUCUUGCAAAAGAAAUCUAAAUUCUAGCGAAGAUAUUAAGUUAUUCAAAAUGGAGCAAAUCGGUGUCGGAAGUGACGAUUCAAAUUUUGAAAGUCCAUCCCCACUUCCUAAUUUCGAUAUAUUACAGUUAAACGACUUUUUAAGUAAAGCUGGUAGAAUGAUGUUGUCAUUAUUAGAAGAACGGAAAUUCGGUGGCAGCGUACUGCAAAAUGACAAACACGAAUUACCGUUCAGUAAUGGUUUAAUUAGACUUUCUAUUGACUCCGUUACUUUUCUAUCUGGUAGACCAGUUACUAUUAUUCACUAUUCUGAGGCACUGAGGAAAGUUUUACUUACUGUUCAUUCACCAGUUGAUGAGGUACAGGGAAAUGGUAUUGAAACUUCCAGCAAACAAAAUUAUAUCACUGAUUCCAGUAUAGGAUGUAUAUGGAAUAUAUCAGAACCAUCGAAACCAACAAAAUUAUUUUACUCACCUUCUCCAAUAAGUGCUUGUUGCUUUCAUUCGAUAUAUUACAAUGUUAUAUUUGCUGGUCUUCGGGAAGGUUCAAUAAGUUUAUGGGAUUUGAGAGAGGAUGAGAUGUGGCAUCAGAGAAUUACUGAUAAAGCUAAUGAAACAGAUUGGAUUAUAAGAUCGGCCACUUAUACUACUGCAGGAAAUAUAGAAAAUGGACAUACAUCAGAAAUUGUAGCGAUAAGAAUCUUAUCGAAGAUUCACAGUGAAUCAAGUGGAUCGUUGCUCAAUCAAUUUAUACCAAUACAGAUAUGCAGUCUGGAUGAAGAUGGAUGCUUGAUAAUAUGGAGCGUCUUAAAAAAUAUAGGAGUGUCUAAUGAUGAUUUAGGAUUAUCCCAAUGGGGUAAUGUAAAACUCGUUAAAAGUCAAGAGAUUCUUGUGGGCUCCAGGAAAAGUAAAAUAGAUCAAGAUCUUCAGGGAUUCGUUGAUAUGCAUGUUGAUAGUAUUGAUGCUAAUAACAUUUACUUGGCUACUAACUCCAGUAACAUACUGCGUGCUACAUGCCUUGGGCGUAAAGUCAGUCCAUCAAUUUAUAAAGAAAAUGAUAUGGAUGUCUCUGGUGCUACAACGUGCAUAGAGAGGUGUCCAUUUAAAGAGUCUUUCUUCCUUGUUGGCUGCAAUGAUGGUACUGUGAGGCUACAUUCUUUGAACGUGGAACGACCCCUUUUACAGUUGAAAGACGCACAUUGCAAAAGUGCUAUUAGGAAUAUUCAGUGGUCCAAAUCAAAACCGUUCACUAUAUACGUUCUAGACUACGACUCAAAAAUUUGUAUAUGGGAUUUGGGAAGCAGUGACUUAUUCCCAAUAUAUGAGAUAUCUACAAAUCCGUGGGGACGUAUAUGCAGUAUGGAAUUAUCUCCUUGCAAAAAUGAUCAUGAUAUGAUUAAUCAAUAUCUGGCUUUCGGUACUGAUACUGGAACAGUGGAGAUACACAUGUUGAAGAAAGAUUUUCAUUAUUCAAAAAUGGAAGAGACUCAAAAAGAUUUGAAUACAUUUUUACGUUAUGUCGAGAUCUUAUAAUUUAAUUCGUAAUAAAUAUUAUAAGUGCUU